AUGGUCUACGAUUGGGAUGGAAAGAGGGAAAUCUGCUAUCAGAUGUAUAUCAAAGAUAAAAAGGCGCUGGAGGAGAUUAUGGAUUACAUGAAAACAGCCUAUCAAUUUGCACCUAGUAAACGCGCUUUCCAGACCCAGUUCAGAAGAUGGGGCUUUCCAUCGAAACAAAAUCCGGCGCACAAGAACGCGGGGCUCGUUGCGCGUGUCAAGCAACUCUGGGAGCGAAACACGGGUCAACGUGACAUGCUACGGAUUUUGAAUGAUGAAGGGUUUGAGAUAAAAGAAAGAGAACUUAUGCGGGUGCGUGCCAAAAAUCGGUGGCUAUUGCGUGUUCCCAAUGGAAUGAAGUCACAACUCAAUAUGCAAACCCCGGUGCAACAGCCUGAGGAUGAGGGCUUGCUUGCCCUCCAGCAGGAAGUAUACAAAACUGAAGGGCCAUUUGAUGAUACAGGGACCCUUCCAUCUGAAGCAGCGCUUCAACGUUCACCCUCACCUGGUCUAUCUCCCGAAGUCCUAGCGAAGCGCAAGGAGCGAUUGGAUCGCCUGAAAGCAGAAAGUGCAGAGCGUUGGGCUACCCGGAAGCGUCGCCGUCGUACUCGGGGAUGGGCCGGACUGCCGGCUGAUCCACCAGGGCCUCCGCGCUUUCCAUCCGAAACCACGAUUGAUGAGAGUAAGAAAUAUCUCAACCUAGACAAUGCCAUGUACCGUCAAGUUAGAGAUCAAUUUCAAGGAAUUUGUGAACAAGCCGGGUUCAUUAAAAAGACUAUCGCUGGACCUGAAAGAUGGCAGGAGGCAAAGGACAAACUAAUACGCGAGUCACCACACCUUCAGCAAGUCUUCUGGGCUGACCAGCUCGAUGCAAAGGCUCUUGCUCUCGACGUUGUGUGUACGGAUGUCACCAAGCGGAUGAGAACUUUGGAAAGACGGAUGACUAUCGCUGAGGCCAAAAAUGUCCUUGGUAUCAACCCAGAAGAGAGUCGUCAAAUCAGGAAUGCAUUUUACGACACAUUGAAAGCGGAUCAUUUCACAAGCAAACUGGAGGCUGGCGAUGAACACUGGAAUGAGCUCAAAGAACGGUGGAUUCAAAACUCACGGCUACUUCAACAAAUCCUCGCAACUGGUCCAGCAGAUCCGAAUCAUGCCGCAAGGUCAAAAGCUCUUGAAGUCCUCUGUCGCGAUGUCAUGAAGCGGCUCCGCGAUGAUCAAACAAAGAGAGAUCCAUCACGGAAGCAAUCAGCAUCUCACUCUGGAGUGCAAAGCCCCGCCUCAAACGACAGUAAUGACAACCAUACUUUUGGUGGCGGCAUCAGUAAUGGUAUCAGCACGCUGGCUUCACAGGCAUUAGCGAGUGCACCAAUAACAUCAAGUGACCUGGGAGAUAUGCAGAUAGACCCUUCGCUGUUACAGGCCGCCAACGACCCUUCGUUUGCAGCCACGGGUGAGCAUGAUACUGGAAACUCAUUUGAAUAUGUGGAUCCCAUGUUGGAAUCAACUGUGUUGCAUACACCAGUUUAUCUUCGUAUUAGCCCUCAAAGUCAACAUGGACCAUCGAGAACAUGGGCUGAGAAAUUGGCAUCAAGGUCUGUUACUGAAUUACGACACUUUGUCGUGGCUCGUUAUCCUCGUUGUAGUAUCAUCAAGAUCGAGGGUGUCGACAAAGACGAGAACGGAAACGAGGUUUCCUUUUUUAUUAAUGAAGAUUCUGAUCUUGACGCUUAUCUGACACAUGUGGAUGGGAAAAAAGCAUUGUUUUCAGUUUGCUUAAAAGACAUGAUAUAA